CCUGGCCGGGCGGCCGCGGAGCACGCGGGGCAGGAGCGCGGGAGUCCGCGCGGCCCGCCAGGCCCGGGACCCGCAGCUUCGCCGCUCGCCGGGCGCCGCGGCCCGGAGGCCCGAGCCAUGGAAUCGGAGGAGGAGCAGCACAUGACCACGCUUCUGUGCAUGGGCUUCUCGGACCCCGCCACCAUCCGCAAGGCCCUGCGCCUGGCCAAGAACGAUAUCAAUGAGGCCGUGGCGCUGCUCACCAACGAGCGGCCGGGCCUUGACUACGGUGGCUAUGAGCCCAUGGACAGCGGCGGCGGCCCCAGCCCGGGUCCCGGCGGCGGCCCGCGCGGCGACGGCGGCGGUGACGGCGGCGGCCCUUCCCGCGGCGGGAGCACCGGAGGCGGCGGCGGCUUCGACCCCCCGCCUGCCUACCACGAGGUGGUGGACGCGGAGAAGAAUGAUGAAAAUGGAAACUGCUCAGGGGAAGGAAUUGAAUUCCCUACAACAAAUUUAUAUGAACUGGAAAGCCGUGUUUUGACUGACCAUUGGUCCAUCCCUUACAAACGAGAGGAAUCACUAGGCAAAUGCCUGCUGGCUUCUACCUACCUAGCAAGACUUGGUCUUUCUGAUUCUGAUGAGAAUUGUAAAAGAUUUAUGGAUAGAUGUAUGCCUGAAGCAUUUAAAAAGCUCCUGACAUCAAGUGCUGUUCACAAGUGGGGUACUGAAAUUCAUGAGGGAAUCUACAACAUGUUGAUGCUAUUAAUAGAACUGGUUGCAGAGAGAAUAAAACAAGAUCCAAUUCCCAUUGGUCUCCUGGGUGUGCUUACAAUGGCUUUCAAUCCUGAUAAUGAAUACCAUUUUAAAAACAGAAUGAAAGUGUCUCAGAGGAAUUGGGCAGAAGUGUUUGGAGAAGGAAAUAUGUUUGCAAUUUCUCCUGUAUCUACUUUCCAAAAGGAGCCUCAUGGAUGGGUUGUGGACUUGGUAAAUAAGUUUGGAGAAUUAGGUGGAUUUGCAGCAAUUCAAACCAAACUGCAUUCAGAAGAUAUAGAACUUGGGGCCGUCUCAGCACUGAUACAGCCCUUAGGAGUGUGUGCAGAGUACCUGAACUCUCCAGUCGUGCAGCCCAUGCUAGACCCAGUCAUUCUUACUACAAUCCAGGAUGUGCGGAGCGUAGAGGAGAAAGACCUCAAGGACAAGAGAUUGGUUAGCAUCCCUGAGCUCUUGUCUGCCAUUAAGCUACUUUGCAUGCGCUUCCAACCGGAUCUGGUGACAAUUGUGGAUGACCUUCGACUUGACAUCCUACUACGCAUGCUGAAAUCACCACAUUUUAGUGCUAAAAUGAAUUCCCUCAAAGAAGUAACCAAACUAAUAGAAGAUAGCACAUUAUCCAAAUCUGUGAAGAAUGCUAUUGAUACAGAUAGAUUAUUAGAUUGGCUAGUUGAAAACUCAGUUCUGUCAAUUGCGCUGGAAGGCAACAUAGAUCAAGCACAGUACUGUGACCGCAUAAAGGGAAUUAUUGAACUCUUGGGCAGUAAAUUGUCUUUAGAUGAGCUCACUAAAAUUUGGAAGAUACAGUCAGGACAAUCAUCUACCGUGAUCGAGAACAUUCAUACUAUUAUUGCUGCAGCAGCUGUGAAAUUUAAUACAGAUCAACUUAAUCAUUUGUUUGUUCUCAUCCAGAAGAGCUGGGAGACUGAGAGUGACAGAGUAAGACAGAAGCUGUUGAGCUUGAUUGGACGAAUAGGACGGGAAGCUCGCUUUGAGACCACUUCUGGAAAGGUGUUAGAUGUGCUGUGGGAACUGGCUCAUCUUCCAACUCUGCCUAGUAGCCUUAUUCAGCAAGCCUUGGAGGAGCACCUGACAAUCCUUAGUGAUGCGUAUGCAGUGAAGGAAGCAAUCAAAAGAAGCUACAUCAUUAAGUGCAUAGAAGAUAUUAAAAGGCCUGGAGAAUGGUCAGGUUUGGAAAAAAACAAGAAGGAUGGAUUUAAGUCAUCUCAGCUUAAUAAUCCCCAGUUUGUGUGGGUGGUACCAGCUUUGCGUCAGCUCCAUGAAAUCACCCGGUCAUUUAUAAAACAAACCUAUCAAAAGCAAGACAAGAGCAUUAUUCAAGACCUGAAGAAAAACUUUGAAAUAGUGAAAUUAGUAACAGGAAGUUUGAUAGCUUGUCAUCGACUUGCGGCAGCUGUGGCUGGGCCUGGGGGCUUAACUGGUUUGACACUAGUGGACGGCAGAUACACUUACCGGGAGUAUUUAGAGGCACAUCUGAAAUUUCUGGCGUUUUUCUUGCAAGAAGCUACACUAUAUCUUGGGUGGAACAGAGCCAAGGAAAUCUGGGAGUGCCUUGUCACUGGCCAGGAUGUUUGUGAAUUAGAUCGAGAGAUGUGCUUCGAGUGGUUUACAAAGGGGCAGCACGAUCUCGAGAGUGAUGUUCAGCAGCAGCUCUUCAAGGAGAAGAUUCUGAAAUUGGAGUCAUAUGAGAUCACUAUGAAUGGUUUUAACUUAUUUAAGACUUUUUUUGAGAAUGUAAAUCUUUGUGAUCAUCGAUUAAAAAGACAAGGAGCUCAGUUGUAUGUAGAAAAACUGGAAUUGAUUGGAAUGGAUUUCAUUUGGAAAAUAGCCAUGGAAUCACCUGAUGAAGAAAUUGCUAAUGAAGCUAUUCAAUUAAUCAUAAACUAUAGUUAUAUUAAUCUAAAUCCUAGGUUAAAGAAGGAUUCAGUGUCUUUACAUAAGAAAUUCAUUGCUGAUUGCUACACAAGAUUAGAAGCAGCCAGUUCAGCACUUGGUGGCCCCACUCUAACACAUGCUGUGACUAGAGCAACAAAAAUGCUUACAGCAACAGCCAUGCCAACUGUAGCAACAUCAGUUCAGUCUCCAUAUAGAUCCACAAAACUUGUGAUAAUUGAGAGAUUGCUGCUUCUGGCAGAACGCUAUGUGAUCACAAUAGAGGAUUUUUAUUCUGUUCCACGAACUAUUCUACCUCAUGGUGCCUCAUUUCACGGACAUCUUUUAACUCUUAACGUUACCUAUGAGUCUACCAAAGAUACCUUCUCUGUAGAGGCCCACAGUAAUGAAACCAUAGGCAGUGUCCGGUGGAAGAUAGCCAAGCAGUUGUGCUCUCCUGUGGAUAAUAUACAGAUAUUUACGAACGAUAGUCUGCUGACAGUGAAUAAAGAUCAAAAGCUCCUUCACCAGCUGGGCUUUUCUGAUGAGCAAGUCCUUACAGUAAAGACCUCUGGCAGUGGGACCCCCUCUGGGAGCUCAGCAGACUCCUCAACCAGCUCCAGCAGCAGCAGCAGUGGGGUUUUCAGUUCAUCAUAUGCCAUGGAACAGGAGAAAUCCCUACCUGGUGUGGUGAUGGCUCUUGUGUGUAAUGUGUUUGACAUGCUGUACCAGCUGGCCAAUCUAGAGGAGCCAAGGAUAACUCUACGAGUACGAAAACUUCUGCUCUUGAUACCCACGGAUCCUGCCAUUCAGGAAGCCCUUGAUCAACUUGAUUCUUUAGGCAGAAAGAAAACAUUGCUUUCUGAAACAAGUUCUCAGUCUUCAAAGUCUCCAUCCCUCUCUUCAAAGCAACAGCAUCAGCCAAGUGCCAGUUCAAUCUUAGAAAGUCUGUUUCGAUCUUUUGCUCCAGGAAUGUCCACCUUCAGAGUGCUCUACAACUUGGAAGUCUUAAGCUCCAAACUCAUGCCAACAGCUGAUGACGACAUGGCAAGAAGCUGUGCAAAGUCCUUCUGUGAGAACUUCCUCAAAGCAGGAGGUUUGAGUUUGGUUGUAAAUGUUAUGCAGAGGGAUUCCAUCCCAUCAGAAGUAGACUAUGAGACAAGGCAAGGUGUUUAUUCCAUCUGUCUACAACUUGCAAGAUUUUUACUUGUUGGACAAACAAUGCCCACGUUAUUAGAUGAAGACCUCACCAAAGAUGGGAUAGAGGCACUUGCUUCUCGCCCGUUCCGAAAUGUCACCAGGCAGACAAGCAGACAGAUGUCUUUAUGUGGUACCCCAGAAAAGUCAUCCUACCGGCAGCUGUCAGUGUCGGAUAGGUCUUCUAUCCGGGUUGAGGAAAUCAUCCCUGCUGCAAGAGUUGCAAUUCAAACUAUGGAAGUAAGUGAUUUCACUUCUACUGUGGCUUGUUUCAUGAGAUUGUCAUGGGCCGCAGCUGCAGGACGACUUGACCUUGUUGGAAGUAGUCAGCCAAUUAAAGAAAGUAAUUCUCUGUUUCCUGCUGGAAUUCGAAACAGACUCAGCAGUUCAGGAAGCAAUUGCAGCUCUGGAAGUGAAGGAGAGCCAGUAGCGCUGCAUGCAGGGAUCUGUGUCAGACAGCGGUCUGUAUCCACCAAAGACUCACUGAUUGCUGGAGAGGCUCUGUCUCUUCUUGUUACGUGCCUACAACUUCGGAACCAGCAACUGGCAUCUUUCUAUAACUUGCCCUGUGUUGCUGAUUUCAUCAUUGAUAUUCUCCUUGGAUCACCAAGUGCCGAGAUCCGCCGGGUUGCCUGUGACCAACUGUAUACUCUUAGUCAGACAGACACUUCAGUUCAUCCAGAUGUGCAAAAGCCAAAUCAGUUCCUCUUAGGCGUCAUUCUCACAGCUCAGCUGCCUCUCUGGUCCCCAACCAGUAUUAUGAGAGGAGUCAAUCAGAG